AGUGCAUGCGCACAUUGGUCCAAGGAUUUUGCCAUCUUCCAUAUCCGUUCUGCUUUACUGCUUUUAUGAUCAGCUGUUAUUCGUAUUAUAAAUCGUUGAUUUUGCGAGUUCUGUUUCUGACGUUUUUCAUUUCUAAUGUCCAGUGAAAACUAAUUUAUGUCUUAGUUUAUUUAUGAAUAAUCUUCCAAAUUGCCUGUGGUAGUUUCGGCUGCUGAGUUGACAGGAUGAGUGACUAUGAGGAUGCGAUCGAGGUGUACGACGACUCUGGCUCGGUUGGACUGCGCAGGCGCAAAGAGCCACUGUGGGAUGCUGACCGGUCGUCGCUCGGGUCCGAUGUGCCCGGAUUGCAUGAAGUCAAGGAACUGCUGGAGAGAGAUGACACAAGCGAAGUGGCCGAGGAGGAGACGAACACGGGAAGACCACUGCCCAGCACACCUGUCGAUCCCAGUCUCAUUGAAACUGAGGUAGCAGACGCGAUCAAGUCGGGCGUGCUCGAGAACGAGUUGGACCUGGGCCACCUGGCGCACUCAGCGGCCGAACAGGCGGAGGAGUUUGUGCGCCGGGUGUGGGAGGCCUCGUGGAGCGUGUGCCACUUCCGCAACCUGCCACGCUGGCUGCAGGACAACGACUACCUGCACCAGGGCCAUCGACCGCCGCUGCCCUCCUUCAGCGCCUGCUUCCGCAGCAUUUUCCGCAUACACUCAGAGACCGGCAACAUAUGGACGCAUCUAUUGGGGUGUGUGGCGUUCAUCGGCGUGGCCAUUUACUUCCUGUCGCGGCCUUCAGAGGAGGUGAAGCUGCAGGAGAAGCUGGUGUUUGCGGCCUACUUUGCCGGUGCCAUUGUCUGCCUCGGCCUCUCCUUCGCCUUCCACACCGUGCACUGUCACUCCGAGAACGUCGGCAAAAUAUUCAGCAAAUUGGACUACUGUGGCAUAGCCCUGCUGAUCACAGGUUCGUUUGUGCCGUGGCUGUACUACGGCUUCUACUGCCACUUCCAAUCGAAGGUCAUCUACCUGUCAGCUGUCAUCACGCUAGGCAUCUCGGCCAUGGUUGUCUCGCUGUGGGACCGCUUUGCCGAACCCAGUCUUAGGCCUUUGAGGGCGGCGGUGUUUGCGGUGUUUGGACUGAGCGGGGUGGUGCCGGCGGUGCACUAUGCGCUGACCGAAGGCUGGCUGAACGCCGUGACGCAGGCCUCACUCGGCUGGCUGGUGCUCAUGGGCUGCCUCUACAUCAUUGGCGCCAUCUUCUAUGCACUCCGGGUGCCCGAGCGAUUCUUUCCCGGAAAAUGUGAUAUUUGGUUCCAGAGCCACCAGAUCUUCCACGUGCUGGUGAUAGCGGCGGCGUUUGUGCACUAUCACGGCAUCACCGAAAUGGCCAUGUACCGCAUGUCGGUCGGCGAGUGUCCGCCCCCCCAGGAGAUUGUCCUCUGACAUUCGCACAUUGCGCAUGCGCAGACCCACAACCGGCAGCAACUCGUCGAUCAACUCGUUCUCUAGUUGGCUGUCGAGGGGGCACUCUAACCGCCCUCAUUCAUUUACUUUCCAACAGCCUCCAACAUCUUGAGGACUCGAAACUUAUUCUGUUGAGCAGCUAAAAAUAAAUUUAACCAGUUUUCAACCGGUAAAUAUCAUUUUUGACCCAAAUAUUGUUGCCACUUUCGAAAAGUUUCCAACAACUGUCAACAAUUUAUUAUUGAAAUUGAGAUCUUGUCGAAUUAUUCUGUAAGAUUAAUUCUCAAAACUAAUAUAUCAUUGAUUUCUAGUGAAUAAUGUAAAUGUAAAUUUUAAACUUUAUGAAUUCGUUUAUUUAUUUGGAUAUUUUCAAGAGUAUAUUUUUUAAAAGUAUCGUGGUUAUUAUUUUUUAUAAUUAAGUAUCAAUUAUCUUACUAAUCAAGUGUUACGGUAGGAAUUUCGUUCAUGUCCUGCGUUUAAUAUUACCGGUUUGUAUUAAUUAUCUCUCAAUAUCCCAAUCCACUGAAUCACAGUAAUUUGAAAUUUCUCAUUUAUUCUAGAAAAAUAUAUUUUUGAAAAUGUAAAUUAAUACGAUUAUUGCUUCCAUCUGGUGAAGUCUUCACUAUAAACUAUCAGAGUUAUUUACAUGAAAGCCCUAUGUUUUUCCCUUUUAUGCUCAAACUUUCGUAUAAGUUUAGUUUACAGAACCGAUGAUUGGUGUUAUUUCGUUUGAAUACUUACUUAAUUUCUAAGAUGAAAAUUCUGAUUGCUUAAAAAUCUCUAGUGUAGCUAUUUUUAAUUAGAUAUGCUUAUAUGAAAAUUAAUGAAUAAAAUUCAAUUUGGUUAUCAAACAUAUUUGAUCAAGUUUUGUUGAUUCAGUACUGUAUAAAGUAUGCUGAAAUUUACUGAGUCAUUAAUUAGGAGUUUAUGGGAAUGCUUUAUAAAUAUUUUGCAGUAGCAACAUUUGUUUUAUCAUGUUAUUAAAUUAUUUCGUUGUACCUUAUUUAAGUUUACAAUUUUAAAAUAAUAAACAUAUUUGUGAUAUCUAUUUGAGUAAUAAACGAUCUGAAAAUUGAUGAUCAUCACAUAUUUCGUAAGAAAUCAGGGUUAAUCGUCAUUAUUUUAGAAAUAUAUUGAUCCUUAGGGAAAGUUUGAUUUAUACCAUUCAAAAACACACAACUUUGAACUAUUCAUUAACAUUUUUAUAACUUUGAACUGUUAACUAUAGAAGCUAAUUUCCAGAAUUAAUAUUCCUGAUGUUAAUUUUUGUGCAAUAAUUUCUUUCUUGAAAAUAUUCUUAACCUACCAUCCCAUACUUAUCAGCUAGUUAAUUUAAGCUUAUAUACCGUAAUUGCUUUGUUAUACGUUUCCUACAUAGAGAAGUCCUUUGAAAUAUAAUUAAUUCAGAUUGAAGCUAUCAAUCUAUUCAUUUCCAAAAUAUAAAUAUGCUUGCUAGUUUAUACCCCAAUUAGCUUUAAUCACUUGAUGAUUUUUUUCAUAACUUCGAUUUAAUGAAAUGUGCACUAUUAAUCAAUAUAAUUCUUUUUUGAAAUUAUAAUAUGUAAUAUAUCACAUGAAUUCAAUUUCAUUUUAAAUACUUCUUUGAGUUGAGAUUUUUUAUAAUAUCAAUAAUUGAUUUGUUAUGCAUUUUUCAUCUGGUUGUAUUAUUGGGAAUUGAGUAGCGUUGCCUGCGAUAUUAUUAAGGAUAAUUUGAAAAUUAUAGAUUAUAUUAAUGAAUAAUCAAUUUUCUUUUUUCAAUUACGGUCAACCAGUUGAAAUUUGUAUUUAAAAGACUUGAGAAGGACAGAAGCACACGACUGUCAAUUUUGAUUUUUACAAAAGGUUUUAGGAUAGUGUAUUAUGUUUGCAUUUUUUAUAAGUAAGCGCUGAUAUUUGGAUUGAGAAUGUGAAGCAAUAGAAAUUGUUGAAAAUAAUUAUUUCUUAGAUAAAAUGAGUUGAUUCAAUCAACCUAAAAUUUGCAAAUGUAUAAGCUAUGAAAUUGUAAGUACUUUUCUAUUCAUCUAUUUAAUUAUUUAGCAUUACAGAACUUCCAGAAAAGAACAGUGGACAAAAUUAAUCUUUUACUGCCAUUUGUUGGGUUAAAAUUGCUGUGUUUUUAGUUGAAGCUUAAAAAAUCAUUCUGACCAGAGAAAAAACAGUUUACUAGUUCUUGCCUCUUUCUAAUUCUACUUUGAUAUUCUAUAUAAUCUUUGAGGAAUGUUAUUCAAAUGGAAAUCAUGCCAAAGCUCUACUCUCAUAUCAGCUUUAUCUGUUAUUUCAUUUUAUAAUUUUUAAUUAUGAAUAUAGCACAUUAUGAUUACGGUUGCUCAUUCUGUUUAAUUACUUGAAGAGCAUAAAAAUUACUGUAAAA